AUGGCUGGCCAGGCGGGUGGUUAUUCCUUCAUGGGGUUCAGUAAGAAGGAUGCAUAUAACUAUGUUGACCAGAGUAAGCAUGCCAAGAUAGUGGAUGGGGAAUCUAAUGCCGCAAUCGUAUACCUCGAGGGAAAGGCAGUUGCAGACCCAAUGAGUUCAAACAAUCAUAAACAGACCACAAUUUUUGGAUUUGGGCUAGUGCUAGAUGAGAGCAUUGGGUCGUACAAGUGGCUUUUAGAAAAUUUGCUAGAAGUGAUGUGUAACAAGAUGCCUUCGGUUGUUAUCACCGAUGGUUGUGACUCAAUGAAAGCUGCCAUAAAGUCAGUUUUUCCAGAGGCAACCCAUAGGUUAUGCGCGUGGCACAUGGAAAAAAAUCUCACUGUGAAUGUUAAAGAUUCUGGGUUGCGUCAACUUUUCAAAAAGUGGUUGUAUGCUGAUAUGGAGAUCGAGGAUUUUGAAGAAGAGUGGGCAGCAGCUAUGGAGGAUCAUGGUUUGCAUGACACCUUUUGGUUUAGGGAAACUAAUGAGAAGAGAAGCAUGUGGGCCAAUGCAUACCUUCGCAACAAGUUCUGUGCUGGGUUUCGGACAACUUCUCGGUGUGAAGGGAUCAACUUGAAUGUUAAAAAAUUUUUAAAGUCAAGACAUAGCAUCCUUGAGAUGGUACAAAACCUUGAACUGCUUGUGCGAGAGUAUUGGAAUAACGAACUACUUGCACAAUUUAGAUCAAUAAAUGGCGUUUGA